GGUGAAUAUGACCACCAGACUACGGCACAGGCCUCAGCUAGAGGAUGAAGAUGCUUCUGCGCUUAAGCUCGGAGCAGAGUUCAACAAUGCUGGUUGCUUACUGAUAUCCGAGGUCAAGUAUUUGCUGGAAAAUAGGGACAAGGACGCCCCAGACACUGCUGUAUAUAAUAAGACCCUUGAAUAUGUGAAGACAUUUGCGAAAUUCAACACCACCGAUUCCGCCAGUGCGGUGCGAGAAACCCUUCGACGCGAACCCGCAUUGACGCAAUUUGAAACCGCUCAAAUCGCCAAUUUAUGUCCUGUCGAUGCUGAGGAGGCAAAGAGUGUUAUCCCAAGUUUAGUAAAGAUCGAGGAUGAUAGAUUGCAAGCAUUACUCGACGAGAUACAGUCUAUGAGGAAGUUCCAGUCUUGAAUGAUAUCGGUCGUUGCUAUGUUGUCCGACGUUCAUAGCUGGCGCUGCUUUCCUGACUUGUCGUCGUCGACUUGCCCCGGUACUUUGACACCCUCAAAGUACAUGCACGUCCAGCCUCUAUCUGUGGGUUUCACAUCAUGGGGAUCGAGUAAAGAAUAUUAUUACUGCCCUUUGUGCGUCAUUCAGGUACCAGUUCUAUGAGAACCAUUAUGCAUUGCUCCAGCAUUUUCAUCAUGCGAAUAUUUGCUUCAUAAAAACUAACAAGCCUGGAACAAUACCAAACGACAGU